AUGUCGAAGAUUGACAGAGAUGUCAGAAGAUCGGCCAUUUGCCAGAAGUUGGGUUGGAGAUUCCAAUUAUCAGAGCAUCAGAAUUGGAUAGAGAGGAGUUAUUGGAGUAGGCUACCAAGCGAAGAGAGAGGUCAAAUUCAGAAAGAGAUGUUGGAUGCGGUGAAAUCGGCGGGAAAAGAGAUUGAAGAAGUUCCGGAAACAGUGGAGGAGAAGUGGAAAGAGAUCGAAAAACAGAUGGAAAACGUUGAUCGAGAACCCUCGCUGGAUAAGUGGCGAUGGACACCAAUUUGGCGAGGAAAUCGAUUUGGAUACGAAAGGAUCCAAUAUUUCGCGAGUUUUGGAUGCGAGUUGUGCAAAGGAAAGAGCCAUCGCCCAGCUGGGUGCCCAGUUUUCCCUAAGCGGUAUGAAAAGUAUGCAAGAAUCUUGGAGUUGAAACUUUGCCUGACUUGCAUCAAACCCAAGAGCAGCCAACAUCGAUGUCCAAGACGAAUCUGUCACCAGUGCGGACAAGGACAUCUCGCUUUACUCUUUCACGACGACAAAAGAGAGAACAAAUCAGUUGAGAUUCCAGUCAGUUGA